AAUCUUUAUCCAAGCAAUUCCUCCUUCAAAUUGUUUUUCUCAAAGUCACAUUUUCAUAUCUGAAGAGAAAAAUGUCCCUCGUCCAAAAACAAGAGACAGAUAUAGAAGUCAAAGCCUCUGCUAAUAAGAUGUUUGAUAUUUGGAAGGAUAAACCAUACCAAAUCCCUGAUGCUGUACCAGACAAACUUCAGAGUUGUGAAUUGCAAGAAGGUGAAUGGGGAAAAGUGGGUUCCGUUCUCUCCUGGACUCACAUUAAGGAUGGGAAAGCUAGAGUUGCUAUAGAGAGAGUAGAAGCAAUAGAUGAAGAAAACAAAUCGAUCACUCUCAGAAAGAUUGGAGGAGAAUUUAUGGAACACUUCAAGAGCUUCAAUGUCACCAUGCAAUUUAUUCCAAAAGGAGAAGGCAGCGUGGUGAAGUGGAUUAGUGACUAUGAAAAGCUUCAUGAUGGAAUCCCAGACCCCAACCCCCAAAUAGCAGCUGAAUCUAUUGUCCAUAUCAUAAAAAAUGUUGAUGCUCUCCUUUUGAAGCCAAAAACGCAACACGCCUAGUGCUUCAUCAAUUCUGCAAUCAUGUUGUUUUCCAACAGCUUUUCCUAUGCUUAAGGAGUAAUAGCACCUAUAACUCCUCAACUAUGAGUAUUUAAGAGUUGUUUUUUUUUUUUUUUUUUUUUUGGGGGGCAGAUAACCCUUAAAAUAGGAAGAGUAUUGCAUUUUAGUCCCUGUUUCAUUUUCCAUCCACUUUUUAACAUAUUUAGACAUGUGCACAUCACGUGAUGCAGACCAAAGUGCAUUUUUUUAUCAGAUUUUAAACAUGGCCAACUAUAUAAAAUUGCACUUUAAUCCCUCUUAUUUGACCUGCACAUACAUGAAUUCGUUAAAAAUUGGAUGUAAAUUGAAAAAGGGACUAAAUUGGAAUGCUCAUCCUAUUUCAAAGGGUCUGCCAAAAAAAUAAUCAAGGAUGCAAAUCACUGAUAAUUGAAAAGGCAUAGGUGCUAGUAACCCUAUGCUUAAAUUAUCAAGUAUAAUUUUAUAAUAAAAGUUUGCAUGUUGUGUCA